GGAGGGUACCGAGCCCCGGCGCCAGAGGCAAAGCGGGGCCGGGUACCCGGGGCGGGAGCUCUCACGGCUGCGGGCGGUCCAGCCAGGUGAGAUGCGGCGGCUGCUGCUGCUGUGGCUCUGGGGGCCGCUCGGUGCCCUAGCCCAGGGCGCCCCAGCAGGGACAGCUCGGGCCGAGGACGUGGGGGUCUUGGAGUUUUCCACCGAGCAGCCGCUCCAUCGCGUGAGUCCCUCGUUCCUGUCUGUCACCAUCGACGCCAACCUGGCCACCGACCCGCGGUUCCUCACCUUCCUGGGCUCUCCAAGGCUUCGCACUUUAGCCCGAGGUUUAUCUCCUGCGUACUUGAGAUUUGGCGGUACCAAGACUGACUUCCUUAUUUUUGAUCCCAAGAAGGAACCAACUUUUGAAGAAAGAAGUUACUGGCAAUCUCAAGUCAACCGCGAUGUUUGCCGAUCUGAGCCCGUCUCUCCUGGCGUGGUGAGGAGACUCCAGGAGGAAUGGCCCUUUGUGGAGCUGUUGCUCCUCAAAGAACAGUACCAAAGAGAGUUCAAGAACAGCACCUACUCAAGAAGCUCAGUAGACAUGCUGUACAGUUUUGCAAAGUGCUCGGGGUUAGACCUGAUCUUUGGUCUGAAUGCAUUGCUAAGAACUCCAGACUUACGGUGGAACAGCUCCAAUGCUCAGCUGCUGCUGGAAUACUGCGCUUCCAAGGGCUACAACAUCUCCUGGGAAUUGGGCAACGAGCCCAACAGUUUCUGGAAGAAAGGUCACAUUUUCAUCGAUGGGUUGCAGUUAGGGGAAGAUUUUGUUGAGUUUCGUAAGCUUCUACAAAAGUCGGCUUUCAAAAAUGCAAAACUCUAUGGUCCUGAUGUUGGUCAGCCUCGAGGGAAGACCGUUAAGAUGCUAAGAAGUUUCCUGAAGGCUGGCGGAGAAGUGAUCAACGCUGUCACGUGGCAUCACUACUACUUGAACGGACGCAUUGCCACCAAAGAAGAUUUUCUGAGCUCUGAUGUGCUGGACACCUUUAUUUUAUCUGUGAAAAAAGUUCUAAAGGUGACCAAAGAAAUGAGACCUGGCAAAAAGGUCUGGUUGGGAGAAACAAGCUCUGCCUACGGCGGUGGCGCCCCCUCGCUGUCCAACACCUUUGCCGCUGGCUUUAUGUGGCUGGAUAAGUUGGGCAUCUCAGCCCAGAUGGGCAUAGAAGUGGUGAUGAGACAGGUGUUCUUCGGAGCAGGCAACUACCACUUAGUGGAUGAAAACUUCGAGCCUUUACCUGACUACUGGUUAUCUCUCCUGUUCAAGAAGCUGGUGGGUCCCCAGGUGCUCACGGUGCGAGUGAAAGGCCUAGACAGAAGCAAACUUCGAGUGUAUCUCCACUGCACAAACACCCAACACCCAAGGUAUCAGGAUGGGGAUUUAACUCUGUAUGCCUUGAACCUCCAUAAUGUCACCAAGCAUGUGAAGUUGCCACAUCAACUGCUUAACAAGUCGGUGGACAAGUACCUUCUAAAGCCGUUUGGACCUGAUGGGUUACUUUCUAAAUCUGUCCAGCUGAAUGGAGAAACCCUGAAGAUGGUGGAUGACCAGACCCUACCAGCUUUAACAGAGAAACCUCUCCGCCCAGGAAGCUCACUAGGCAUGCCUGCCUUUUCCUAUGGGUUUUUUGUCAUAAGAAAUGCCAAAAUUGCUGCUUGUUUAUGAAAAUAAAAGUCAUACAAUAGCUCUGA